CGAUUCCUCGCCUCUUUGACCGAAUAGGGAGGAGGGACAGAUCUCGAUCGAUGGAGAUGGGGAGAUCGGCGAUGGAUCUCGCGGCGGUGGUGGCCGUGGCCACGCUGCUGCUGUGUUUCGGCGUCGUCGGAGUCAGAUCGGACGCCUCCAACCACCGGUACAAGACGGGCGACCACGUCCCGCUCUACGUCAACAAGGUCGGCCCUUUCCACAACCCCAGCGAGACAUAUCGAUAUUUCGAUCUACCAUUUUGCACCCCAGAGCAUGUGACCGAGAAAAAAGAAGCACUUGGUGAAGUUCUGAAUGGGGACCGCUUGGUUGAUGCACCAUAUAAGCUUGAUUUUCGUGUUGAUCGUGAGUCUGAAGUGCUUUGCAAGAAGAAGCUAAAAAAAGAAGAUGUAGCCAAGUUCAGGAGUGCAGUCACCAAGGACUACUACUUCCAGAUGUACUAUGAUGAUCUCCCACUCUGGGGAUUCAUUGGUAAGGUUGACAAGGAAGGCAAGGACCUUGGGGAGUACAAGUACUACCUCUACAAGCGCUUCCACUUCGAUGUUCUGUACAACAAUGACCGGGUGAUUGAGAUUAUUGUCCACACCGAUCCCAAUACAUUGUUGGAUGUGACAGAGGACAGGGAUACCGAAGUAGAAUUCUUAUACUCUGUGAAGUGGAAGGAGACCAGCACACCAUUUGAGAAGAGGAUGGAGAAGUACUCCCAGACUUCUUCGUUACCUCAUCACCUGGAGAUCCAUUGGUUCUCAAUUAUCAACUCAUGUGUGACAGUUCUUCUCUUGACUGGAUUCCUUGCCACAAUUCUCAUGAGGGUGCUGAAAAACGAUUUUGUCAAGUAUGCACAUGAUGAGGAGUCUGCUGAGGACCAAGAAGAGACUGGGUGGAAAUAUAUCCAUGGUGAUGUCUUUAGGUUUCCAAAGAACAAGUCACUGCUGGCUGCCUGUCUUGGUUCUGGCACACAAUUAUUUACUCUGACGGUUUUCAUUUUUAUUCUUGCACUUGUUGGGGUGUUUUACCCCUACAAUCGUGGUGCUCUUUUUACUGCUCUUGUGAUCAUUUAUGCACUUACCUCGGGCAUUGCUGGAUAUGCUGCAACCUCAUUCUAUUGUCAGCUCGAAGGGACAAAUUGGGUAAGAAAUUUGCUAUUGACAGGAUGCCUUUUCUGUGGACCUCUGUUCCUGACAUUCUGCUUCCUCAACACUGUUGCCAUUGUGUAUAGUGCUACUGCAGCAUUACCGUUUGGAACUAUUGUUGUGAUUGUCCUCAUAUGGACGUUGGUGACCUCUCCUUUGCUUGUUUUGGGUGGAAUUGCUGGUAAAAACAGCAAAAUAGAGUUCCAAGCACCUUGUCGUACGACAAAAUAUCCUAGAGAGAUUCCAGAAUUGCCCUGGUAUCGACAAGCUAUUCCGCAGAUGAUAAUGGCUGGUUUUCUUCCUUUCAGUGCAAUCUACAUUGAGCUUUACUACAUAUUUGCAAGUGUGUGGGGUCACAGAAUUUAUACCAUAUAUAGCAUUCUCUUCAUUGUCUUCAUUAUCCUCAUCAUUGUCACUGCUUUUAUAACUGUGGCACUGACCUACUUUCAACUUGCUGCUGAGGACCAUGAAUGGUGGUGGAGGUCUUUCCUAUGUGGAGGAUCAACUGGCCUUUUUGUAUAUGGAUACUGUUGGUAUUAUUAUUAUGCUCGCUCGGACAUGUCAGGGUUUAUGCAAACAUCGUUCUUCUUUGGGUACAUGGCUUGCAUCUGUUAUGGUUUCUUCCUUAUGCUCGGCAUGGUUGGAUUCCGAGCUGCUUUGCUCUUUGUUCGUCAUAUAUACCGAUCCAUCAAGUGUGAGUAGAGCUCAAGUAGAAUGUCACUUCUGAAUCAUGCCGUUUGGAAGGAAUGAUUCAUGCAAUCUGUCAACAAUCAUUCUACAUUGGAGACUUGGAUGACCUGUGUUUGAAGUCAUAGAACAUGAUUUAUUGUUUCCAGAAAUUGGCAUUUAGAAUUUUUGAUCAAAUAGGUCUUGUCAUAAAUCAAUUUUCCCAUCUUCCACUUAUGUUGGUGGCAUUGUUUCAAAAAGCGUAUGGUAUACAUGCUUUCAUGCGUUUUAUGAGGCAGUUUCCCAAACACACGCUUGGAUGUAUUAGUGGACUCGUUGCUCUAUACAUGUGAUGGAUUUGCUAGUAUAAUGAGUAAUUUCGUGGU